AUGGCUUUAUUUUAUCUUGGUUGGGAUUUGUUGGCAUUGGAGGAAAGGGUACAUAUAUUGGAAAGGCGUAUAGAGAGAAGAAUUUUAAGGGACUCGCAAAAUCCUUAUGAUCUUCCAAGAAAUGAGUUUUUGAAUAUGUUUCGAGUUAGUCCAGAAUUAGCUAUGGACUUAACUAAUGAAAUUCGUGACCAACUUCAACGAGAACGCAGUACAGGACUUCCAGAGGAAAUUCAAGUAUUAGUAGUUAUAAAUUUCUACGCAAAAGGUGGUUAUCAGCGAGCAACGGGAGAUAAUUUUGUGGUGAAUGUGAGUCAGCCCUCAGUCAGCAGGUGCAUUCACAGUGUAACAGAUGCUAUAAACAAUACACUUUUGAGGAGAUGUGUACGUUUUCCCAUGACUGCAGUUGAAAGACAAAAUGCUCGUCAAAAAUUUGUAAAUGCCUUUGAAGGUGCUAUUGGUGCUAUUGACUGCACGCAUAUUAAUAUUAUUACCCCAAAUGAACAUGAGGAAGCAUACAUGAAUCAUCAUGGUAACCAUUCCCUGAAUGUCCAAGCGAUUGUUGAUCCUGGUUUGAAAAUAUUAAAUAUUAAUGCCAGAUUCCCUGGGGCAAGGAAUGAUUCAUACAUAUGGAGUACUUCUCCAAUUCGCAGGGCAAUGGAAUACCAUUAUAAUCUUGGGGAAAGACAGACAUGGUUGAUUGGAGAUGCUGGUUAUGCUCUAGAGCCUUGGCUUUUAACUCCUGAAGGAACAAGACAAUAUAUGUAUACUAGAAAGCAUUGCAAAGCAAGAAACGUUGUUGAGAGAUUUUUUGGUGUUUUUAAGAGCAUGUGGAGAUGCUUGUCAUACCAACGUGUGCUGAUGUAUACACCUGAAAUGGCAGGAAAAAUAGUAAAUGCAUGUGCUGUUAUAUACAACAUGCGAAUUCAGUAUCGUCUACCUAUUCAACAAAUUGAAGGCUAUAUUGAACAAGAACAGCAAUAUGAAAAUAUUGAAAGACAUAAUGAAAUAAUUGAAAGAAGAGGACCGAGAAUAGUUGCGAUGAGAAUUCAAACACAAUUGAUGGCAAGCUGGUUUCCAGAUUAUAUCGAUGGAGACCAAUAA